UAAUUUUUAAUAAUUAUGUUUAAUGAUCAAAGUUUCUUAAAGGGUCCUGCACAAAGUUGUAAGGACCCCUCCUAUAAUGUAUAUAACCAAAUGAACCAACAACCUAUUUAUAAUACAAAUUACAAUAUGAAUAUGUAUCAAAAUUAUGUUUAUCCAAUGGGUAAAACUUUUGAAAAUGUUAAUGAAGAUCCUACGUCACUAAUUAAUAUAGAAAAAAGACAAGCUGAUAAACAGGAAAUUGAAAAGUUUCUUGCAGAAGUUGGUCAAAGUAAUAAUAUAAAUGACCAGAGAAGCAAAUGUAAAAAGUCUAAAAUUGCAGAAACCAAAAAUGUUAUGGCAUCGGUAUACAAAUUAAAUGAAAAGUUAAAAACAAUUUGUUCAGAACUUAAAAAUAAUCAAAAUUUGACAGAAGAGGAAUGGCAGGAGAAAAUGAACGUCUGUAACGCGGCAAAAGAAGAAAUUGUUGAACUGUUAAAGCCUAUUACAGAUCCAAAUUUUCUGAGUCAAUUAAAUAAAGAUUUAGAAAAACGCAAGAAGAAAAGAUUAAGAGAAAAGGUUAAAAGAGAGAAAUGGAAGAAUGAAAAAUUAAUGAGGAUGGAAAAUAGAGAAAGGAUGCAUGCUCAAAUUGAUUUGUGGAUUCGAAAAAAACAAGCUGUCAUAGAAAAAGAAAAACAGGAGGAAAAUUUGCGAAAAGAUGCCGAUAUGAUUCUAUUUGAUGUUCGAGGAAAACGAAAUGAUGCACGGAAAUAUCUUGGAUUGUUACAAGAAUUACAAAAUUUGAGAAAUAUUAAAGCUAAUAUCGCCAGAGCAAGAGGAGAACAUUUAUCUUCAGCAGCUGAUGAAGCAUUUAAUAACAUUAUUGCAAAAUUAUCAACUCAAUGGUCAGCACUCGAUCGCGAGUAUUCUAUAGAAGAACAGGGUUUAAAGUUAAUGUUAAAGACUGAUAAUGAAAAUAGAAUUGAGAAACAGAAGAAAAAUGUUUUCGAUGAAUGGGAAAAAGUAUUGUUUGGAAGAAAGAUAACAUCUGAUCAAUAUAAUACCGAUUUACCUAAUUUUAUUGCUGUAAGAACUGCUUGGGAUAAGUAUAUAAGUUCAGAUAGUGAUGCAUCACAAAUUCCAAUUGGAUGGGUAAUGCCUGUUAAACCAUCCUCUGCUGCCUGGCAAAAAAGUCUUAAAAAGGAAACUUCGUGAAAUAAACUAAUAUAUGAUUGUAAAUUCUAAUGUAUGGGAAUAAGUCGAAUUUGAUUUUUACACGCCUUAAUAAGUUAUUUGUAUAAACAUAAAUAAUAUUCAUCAGUCAUUUAAAUGGAAUGCAGUAUAAGAAAAAUAAAAGAUUCUCUGGUCGAUUA